AAGCACUAUCCAGAAAAAACCUACGCAUUCAGCCAAUCCGCAUAAGUCAAACAAAACUCAGCGUUUUGCAUCAAAUCCCAUUCAAGUUUCUGGAAGAUCCUUCCACUGUGGGCCACCACAUCAGACCAAACCAAACCUUUUUUUUUUUCUAUAAACUCAUAAUUUAAUCUGUUUCUCUAACUUGCCCAAUUACUAUAAGCCACGUUUAAUACUAUAUGUCCUAGCCACACCUGAUUAAUCCCACAUGUGCCUUUAAUUCAGUAACGUUGACGUGUCACUCACCCGCCUCCCCACGAGACGUUACAGUCAACCCAAACAUUAAACCCCUCCAAAUUCGCCAGACCAUCUCCAUUCAAAACUCACCUCCACCAUCACCAGCCGUUCAUUUCAUCGCCAUGGUCACCCGCAGCUUGCCACCUGCCUACGCUCCAGUCAACUCCCAGUCUCCACUCUCCGUUGAUAACAAUAGCAGCAACAACAACAACAAUAAUAAUAAACUUCCGGUUGACUUUAGUCCGCCGUUGAUUGCCAUGGUUGUAGUGGUAGCCACCGCUUUUUUAGUGGUCACUUAUUCCCGUCUCAUUUCUCGCCACAUCCUUCCUCCUCUCCUCCACCUUUUCCGACGUUGGAAACGAUGGCACCGUCGUCGACGCCGCCUCCGCCGCUAUCUUCCCUCCUCCAACGGCGACCCCCUCGACUCUCCUCCCUUCUAUUCCUCCCCCUUUAACCACCCUAUCGAUUCCUUCCACAUGUACUCACCCUACGGCCUCGACGAGUCCGUCAUAAAGGCCAUCCCGCUCUCAAUCUUCACCACCAAAAAUAAAACCACUGCAAUGAAGCAGUUGCAGGAGGCCAAAGAUUGCGCCGUUUGUUUGUUAGAGUUUGAAGAGAACGAUUACGUCCGUACACUUCCCGGUUGCUCCCACUCUUUUCACGUUGAUUGUAUUGAUAUUUGGUUGAGGUCUCAUGCCAACUGUCCGCUAUGCCGAGCUGGCAUUUUUCCGUCGGAGUCUCCGUUUGUACCGAUAAUGGCGGCGAGAAUUCGGCCGAGUUUAGACGACACGUCGUUUUUCCAUAACGUGAGCGUUUCUCUCGAGUCAUUACCUGAAAUUCCGGCUCCGGUGACAGCUGCUGCAACGAACACGACGGUGAGUGGCUGUGAAAUCACGCCGUGUACUGAAGAAGCAAUAGUGUUAAAUAGUGUUGAUAAUUGUAAUUCUGAGGGGAGAUUCAACGGCCGUGAUCUGUUGUUGAAGCGGUCGUAUUCAUUCGGAUUCGAGCGGAGUUUAGCAUCGGAAAGGAUGUUAACAGAGCCAGUGACGGCGUCACCAUGGAGGUAUCGGAGAGGAAGUUUCUGGGGCAAACGGCCGUCACCGUUUGGGUCUUUAACGAAACCUCGAGUGUUCUCAUUUAGAUAUUACAGAGGAAUGAAGUCACCGUUCUUUAGACGAAGAGGGUUUUUCCCGUUAUCAGAAUCAAGCGUGAGAUUCUCCGGAUCAUCAAGACGAAGCAAGUCAAUGACGAGUCCGAUGUUCCCUCGAUCAUCGGCGUCGGCGGCAUUCUCAUCAAGCCGGCUGAGGUGCGGAGAUCCCGAGGCGUUAUUGUCACCGGACAGGUUUAACAGGAGAUAAAAUAAAAAAGCGUUGAUUCUUUGUGGUCAAAGAACGGGUGACACGUGGAUGGAGGAGAUGAAGAGGAGGCAGGAAAUGAAUGGUCGGAGAUUGAGGAGGUGAAGGUGGAGAAUAUGGGGUCGAGUGACAAUUAAUGGAGACGGGGAGAAGGAAGAGGAGAAAGAAGAGAGCUUUAAUGGCGAUGGUCUGGCAAUUUGUAGAGAACAUUAAUUGGGUGUGGGGAGGGACAUUUAAUGAAAAAAUUGACGAGAGACGAGCGUAUUCUGGGAUUUUUGAGACACGUAAAAACGACAGCGUUUCAGUCAUAAAUGUGAAGGAGGCGAGUGACCAUCGAAGAGUUGAAUUGGGUCGGUUAGUAUUAUCCUUUUCUUUGUUGGAUUUUAAUAUGAAUUGGGAAAUGGGUGUGAAAUUUUGUUGAAAAUGGGGGUUGGGUCCAAUCCAAUCCAAGGAAUGUUUAUGAGUAAAUAAGACUAAUAUUAAUUGUCUUUACAAAAAGCUUAAAUGUGUUUCAAAUUAGUUCUUACAAUGUUAUAUAAAAUAAUAACAUACAUAUCUACUUUAAUAUUAAUAUAUUUUUAAUUUAAAGUUUA